AUGGCAAAUUCAAUGGAUUACGGACUACUCCUUCAGGAGUUGCAACGAACAAUCGAGGAACUGCAGAGAGUCGUCACUAACAUCGACGACAGGCUCCUCGACGGCUAUUUGGACAACGACGACGAAAAUGCGUUAUCGCCAGCACUCGUAGGGAAUAGAGUGCAAGAGCUUAUGAUCGCGCACUCUAGUCUCAGCGACGCGCUUUACCGCGCCCAAGGGCAUUGGGAAAUGGUCGUUAAGAUUAUCGCUCAAGGCGAAGGAAGAGAUCAGCGCCGUAGCGUCUACGAUUCGGCCCUUCUCCAUUGGCGAACCCAAGGAGGGGACCGAGCGCAGGCUCAGGCACGGGAUCUUCUCCAUCGUCUCGAGGUUAACCUACGACUUUGGCAAGUGCAUUUACCGCCUUCUCGUCAACAGGACGUUCGUCAGGCUGAAGCUCAUAUGAUCGAAGUUAUGGACGAGCUCGGCGGAGGGCAACAGCGCCGAACAGGACGACUCCUCAGGACCAAGGUCCUCGAGAAGAAGUCUUGGGAGAAACCUGCUCACAUGCAAGCCUUGACUGUUCAAUCUACAGGAAGAGAACGAUCCCCUUCCGUAGAUUCAAAUCGUUAUCGCAGUAGAUCUCCUACACCGGUUCGAUCUGCAGACCCAGGACAGCGAAAGCUGCACUGUGUGUUUUGUAGAAGAACAGAUCACAUUUCCGCAGAUUGUUACCUAGUUAUCACGCCUGAAACAAGGAACAGAGUCGUUAUCGCAGAGAAACUUUGUCGUUCAUGCUUUGCUAAAGGACAUAAAACGGCUGCCUGUGAUCGUCCGCCAUGUACUAUCUGUGGACGUGAUCAUCACGAGACGCUGUGCUUUGUACAGAACCGUAGUGAGCGUAGCAGAAGUCCAUGGUCAGGUCGUACCAGGUAUCCUACUCCACGACCUAAUAGAUUAGCAAGCACGUCUCCUGGUAGACGCAGACCGCAGUCACGGUCACCUUCCGCAAAUAGACGAUAUCCGUCAAAAGAAUUACCGCAACCUACGUUCGAUUCGGAGAUUGCCUCUAAGCCGAGCGCGCUGGAUAGUUUUGCGGCCGACCUGUUUGACACGCCUUAUAAUUCGGCGGUCAACAGUUCGACUUCAUUUCCAUCCGACCCUCGUCUUAUGGUGGUCACUUCAAUCUCUACGAACAUGAAUACUCGCAAAGAUGAAGUUCUUGUAAUGUUGCUCGAUAGUGGAGCACAGCAUAGCUUCAUCAAAGAAGAUACCGCUAAACGACUUGGACUUCGGUUCUCCGAUCCACGUCCGUUUACUACACGCAGUUUUGGAGGACACGUCUCUACAGAGAUGUCGUUUUCAGUUAUCGCAGUACUUCGUGACCAGACGAAUAAGAACAUUCGUCUCCGAUUAAGAACCCGUAAAAUCACCACAACAGUACAACAUUAUCGCAUGAUUCCAUCGGUUAACGCAAUUACUUCGCUUGUGAAUGUCGUUUCUUGUACUGAUUCACGGGCUCCGGACUCCGAUCUUCGUAAGCUUUGGGACCUAGAGUCCUUAGGUAUUCACGACGAUCCGAGUACAGAGCACGAUGAUGAAGUCAAUCGACAAGUCGUUAAACGCUUUUACGACACGGUUCAAGUUAUCGACGGAGUUAUAUAUGUCCAGUUUCCCUGGAAACAGGACCAUCCACCGUUAGGUGACAACCGAUCUCUCGCAUUUCGAAGAUUGGAACAACAGUACGAAGUUCUCCAUACUCGUCAAGAGUUUUGGAACGAAUACUCAACGACGAAGCGAACUGUCCUUAGGGCAAUCGCAUCAAAUUUUGAUCCCUUAGGAUAUCUUACUCCUCUAUUUAUCCCGCUAAAGGUCUUCUUGCAAGAUCUUUGGAGAGCUAAGUACGAGUGGGAUCAACCCCUAAGCGAUCAAGACGUUGCUCGCUGGAACGAACUCGUUAACGGAAUUGAAGGGUAUAGAUGUUCUGUACCCAGAUUCAUCACAUAUACAGAUGAACAUUCCGAACGCGAGUUAUUAGUUUUCGCAGAUGCAUCUAAGAAAGCAUUUUCCGCCGUAGCCUAUCUACUUAGCAGAUCCGGCUAUCAAGUUCGGUCACAUUUGCUUAUGGCUAAGGCCAGAGUAGCCCCAUUGGAUGAGGUAACUAUACCUCGCCUGGAGCUCAUGGCUUGCCAUAGCGCAGUGCUUCUCGCUCAGUUUCUUUAUAAGGAACUCAAAGUCUCUGUUAACGCUAUUCGGAUUUUUUCCGCUCCAUUGGAUUGCAUUCAUAGACCGCUUGAAACAUUUGUCGCAAAUCGCGUCCAGAAAAUCCGUACCAUCAUGGAUACCUUCAAGGAUGCCAACAUUUACAAGGAGACGACUGUCACCUCGAUAUCUCAGCAUCAGUCCAUACUACCAUUUACGCGUACUAGUCGUUACGAUACCCUAGUACGGAUAACCGCAUAUGUUUUACGCUUUAUUCGUCAUACGAUCUAUGAUAAACUUUCGUCAGAGCAGCAAAAGCGCCUUGACGAAUAUUUACCGCUUUCUAGCAGAACUAAACGCCAACAAGAUCAGGCUGCAGAACUUGUUCUGCUACGUGAACAUCAAAGAGAAGCCGUGACUUCGUCACGACAAGAUACUUACCGCGAUUCAUUUGGCAUUAUUCGAGUUAAUAACCGUAUGCGUCAAGAGGUAACAUCGUCUUCACAGGAACAUCCGAUCCUGUUGAAAUCGAAUGACCCCUUUACGAGUUAUUCUCUUGGCAUCUCAAGCUCCAUAUGCAGUGCCUGCGCACUAUUAGAACCAGUUAUAUCGCGUUCUUUCAAUUGCGGAGUUGAUAAGAGAAAACAAUCGUCUUACAGUUAUCCUACCGCUCCAGAUUUGCCACUACAAAGACUUAUAAGGUCAAGACCUUUUAAUACUGGCCUAGAUUAUUUUGGCCCAAUUCAAGUUACCGCGCAGGAACAAGGAACUUGUAAAGUAUGGGUUUCCUUAUUUACAUGCAUGGCAACCCGUGCCUUACAUCUUGAACUUGUUCGCAAUAAUACCGCUCAUGAGUUUUUACUCGCCUUUCGUCGCUUCAUCGCUAGGAGAGGAACUCCAGAUCUUCUCAUUAGCGAUAAUGCGUCGACAUUCAAGUUAGGGCGAGACGUUAUCGCUAACGAACUUCUUCGGUUCGCAGACGAUACGGCCGUAACGGACUUUACUACGAAGAACAGCCUCCAUUGGGACUUCAUCACUCCACUUUCACCGUGGAAGGGAGGAUUCUAUGAGAGACUGGUCGGCGUAGUGAAGAACGCUUUGGCCAAAACGGUCCGCACGAAUGUGCCGGACAUUCGUCUUUUCGAGACCCUAAUCGUCGAGAUCGAAGCUACGCUUAACACACGCCCUCUGACGUCGUUAAGCGCUGCAUCCUCCGUGCAGUUCAAUACGCUUCGACCUAUCGACCUUAUUAGUCCUCAUUUUCAUAUAGGACAUUUUACCGCUCACGCACGCGAAUCACCUUUUUUCGUCUACGAUCUUUCUGAUUCGCAGGCGAAAGAGGCGCUUCGCGAGAAUCAUGAUAUGCUGGUUACCGCACUUGACCACUUCUGGAAGCUUUGGCGUGAGGACUACCUUCAGUCACUCGCCCAACGCCAACAGAAACUGGCCAAGAAUUCGCACGGAUCACGGCUACAGCCAGCCGUUGGAGACCUUGUAAUCGUCAAGACGGAAGACACGCCGAGAGAGCCCAUUGGCCUCUCGCCGUUGUCACACGCCUUCACGUUUCCAAGGACAGCUCCAUCAGGUCCGUCCAAAUUCGUACCGCAAAAAACACCCCUCGUGGAUCGCUCGGUUAAUCAUCUUGUUCCUCUUGAGAUCCACGUCCCUGUAGAAACUGUUGUACCAAAAUCCCCUCCGUUACCGCCUAAAAUACAGCCUCCUAGGAAGGCAAAACGAGCAAGACAUUUUAGGCUUCAUUCCAGAGGAGGAGAGGCAGACGCCCACAAUUUUAUUGCGGAUGUUCAGCAUGCUCCUCCCGGUGAUCUACCAACUACUGAUGUAGAUUUCACGCAGACGUUACAGUGGUGGCGCAAUAACUAUUCGCGUGCUUUGAGUCAUGAUCAGACUAAACAAGUCAUCGAUCGCGUCUCGAAGAACGCCGAACAGUAUGCGCACACGCUAGAGUCUGACUUACCGCCACAGCCAACUCCAGCUCCUAAGCCUAAGUUCAAGUCUGGAGGUUUUGGCCCUCGUACGCCGCAGAUUCAAACGACUUCAGCUUCAGCACCUAUGUCAUCUCCUGCUGACGAGCCCACUUCGUCCCGCUCUCGGGAGGAUGGACGUGCGUCCAGUUCUAAUGUGAGAGGGGGACGUGGACCGUCAGUAGAAGCUGGAAGUCGUCGUUACCGCCAAGGUUCGUUGGGUCGCUCGGACAGUGGUAGAGCUCGAGGUCCUUCAAGACAACCUCCUUCUCCACCACUGCAAGAGACACCCACAGAAUCUCAGCCUCCGUGCGUCGAUCGACAAAAUGGGCAAGGACAGACGACGAUGAUGGGCACGUGGCACCUACGACGUAUUCAUUACGACACUAAAUUCCUACGUCACGUUAUAUCAUCGUCAGUUCGAGGAGAGCAAAGCCAAGGAUACCCAGUCCGCAGCGGAAGCUCAAGAUUAGCAGCAGGUUCGAAAUCGAGAUUCGAGAUGGAAGUCGUCGAGAUGAUCAGUUUUUGGAGUACCCUUAAG